CGCCAAGCCUCGAGGCCUUUCCCGUGCGCGAGCUCGAAGAGUCGGUGGAGGGCUGCAGGAAACGGCAGGUACGCGAAAAACCACGCUGGCAGCUACGGAAGGCAACAAAACAAAACGCGAGUGGCCGGACGAGGGCGGAAAGACGGGAAGGGGUUUUUUUUUCCCAUACACCGGACAGGGCACACUUUCUCCCGGCUUGGUCGGGUGCACACGAGGAGGGGCUGCGCUGUUGUGCUCACAAGAACGACGCAGCCUGGAACCGGAUAGUCAGAGCGUCCUUUCGCGCCUCGUGCUUCAACACGUGCAACCGGGUGGGACGAACUAUGAAUAGCGUCGUCGUGUGGGCAUUGGCACUGAUGUGCGCCGACAUCAUCAACCUUCAUGCGGCUACGGCUGGCAGGCCUGGGACCCUAGGCAGAGUGAGGCCUGCUGGAUUAGCUGGUCGGCGCUUCACACUACAGGGACCCGAUGGUGUUGUAUACUCCGUUUCGCCGGAUGAUCUGGACGAGAGCACAUCGUCUGAAGAAAAAGGUGAACGUCCCCCACACAACAAGCAACGACCAAAGCACCCGCAUGACGGGGCCAAGCACUCACCACACCACCCACACCCUCCUUCAUCACCCCAACAAACUAAACCUCCCGCUAGCAUGGAUGAUCCCCUGUACAGUUAUACCAACGCUGGUGGUCAUUCACUUGUGAAGCCACCUUUGGCCGGAGAGCCUGUUGAUAAGCAACCAACUGGGGAAAAUCCUCUCGGUAUAUCGCCAGCUUACCCUCCACCCAGCAGGCCACCGAUUCUUGCAAAGUUCCCCGAUUUGACCGAAGCAGAGGCUCCCCCAGUGCAGAAACAGCAUGACAAAACGACGGGUGUGCCGAACUCACCGUUGCCAGAAAAAUACCCAGACUUGCACGGAGGCGUUCCCCCAACGAACAAUCUUCCACUUCCUAUAUAUAACCCAGAAGCGACCAGGGAAGCACUCCCUCCAAACGGCAAGCACCCCGACGGACCACAGCAGAGUCCACUCAAAUCCGUGCCUGCGGCCGCUUACCCAGAUGGCGAGGGUCAAUUCCCGGCAAAACCUCCAGUUGCGCUGUACAAUAACCCUCUUCCCGCUGCCACAGAAAAUAAACCUGAUGUUGUGCCGCCACCUCCAGCCAACAAGUACCGUACGGAGGCCACGUCGACACCUUUAGCUGAAGUGCCACCUAAGAAACAACCGGAAGUAGUAACUUCGGAACUGAAGCCCGCACCGCCAUUGGCACAAAGCGUUUCUUCGUUUCCUAUUGUUUCACAAGAACAGCCUGCGUUGCCCUCCAAGGACAACGAAAGCGCCCCGCCUAUCGUAGCUCCUGGUCCUCUGGUACCUCCUUCCUUAGGACAGGUACUGCCUGGCUGCCCUGUGUGCCAGUGCACUUGCCCGCAGCAACCGUAUAGCGCAGGAUUCCCGGGUUUCCCCAACAAUGGAUAUCCCAACUAUGGUGGUGGCUUUGGUGGCUACCCCAAUGUAUUGCCUCAAGGUUUCGCCGGUUAUCCUGGAGGAUUUCCGCAGGGUGGUCCUCAAGGACCUUCCUAUGGCCCCCAAGGACCUCAAAGUCCAGGCUACCCUGUUCAAGGCAAUGCGCAGAUUCCCCAGCGCCCCCAUUAUCCUAAUCCCGGAGCACCUCAAGGUCCUGGCUACAUACAAGGACCACAGGGCUAUCCGGGCUACACGCAGGAUCCCAGCGGUUAUCCUCAUCGAGUUAACCCUGCAGGCAACCAAAGUCCAGGUUACAAUCAAGGGCCUCAAGGCUUUGCUCAAGGAUCCAGCAAUGGACUGCCAGGCCAGCCGCAACUGCCAAACUAUACGCCUGGUGGAUCGCAAGCAUCUCCUCCAGUGCAAUCUCCUGACGUUCCUGCACAAGGCAAACAAGAUGGCGUAGUAGGCGAGAAAACAGGCCAACAUCCUGACGCUAAGAGUCUUGAUGCAGAGUCGCCGCACGACGACAGAGUUCCCGCGGAGUCACAGUAUGUUCCCGAAGUUGUAUUGCCGCCAAAGGACCAGCAAUGCAGAGGCCCGUCGUGUCCCCACAUUCUCAAGGAAGGACCGGGUGGCUGGAACGACGCUGAAUUGGUGCCACAGGAGAAGACGAAGGACGUCGAUGACUGUCCCUGUCGUCAUCACAAAGAAAAGCCGGUCAUCUUGCUGCCGCCUCUCGGGGCGGAGUGCACGGGCGCCGACUGCCUGCCAAGAGAUCCGGUCAUCCCUGCGCAACAGAUACCGUACGUGCCGGAGGUUACGACGCCCGAGAAGCCACUGGACUCCUUCGUACCACCGGUGCCCGAUAGCCCAAAGUACCCCGACGUAAAUCCUGAAAAGCCUCAAGGGCCAUCCUCUGGGCCUGAAAAGUUCCUGCCUGGCGGCUCACCGUAUCCGACACCACCGACAAAUGGAAAAUCACCACCAGUAGACGACGCCAUAUUGAAGCCUUUGCCGCCUGCUGCACCCAGCUACCCUGUCCUCUCAUCUCAGAAAAUCGAUGGCCCUGCCUAUCCGGGGGAUAAACAACUCCCACCUGUGCUGCCUUAUGGUCCCGUCGACUUACCACCUCCAGGGGGUCCGGACUACACCCUAAACAAGCCAUCCGCGGUUCCUCUAAAUGUCGAGCAACCAGCUGCGCCUGUCGUGCCCGGAGGCUACCCCGUGGAUAUACCACCGCCUCAGCUGCCUCCUGCCGAACCGGAAGCACCGCCAGUUAUCGCAGCUGGGGGUCCAGGCUACUCUGUAGAAAAGCCACCCGUCAGUGGCGCCGCACCAGCUGCGCCUGUCGUGCCCGGAGGUUACCCCGUGGAUGUACCCCAGUUGCCUGAACCGGAAGCACCUCCAGUGAUCACAGCCGGCAAGCCUUUCACUCCGUCGUCUUGGCAAUACGCGCAAUGCGGCCUCCCCUCGAAGAGACCCUCAUCCCUUCGUGGACCAUUCCCGUGGCAGGCAACCUUGGCGAAGAAAGUGGGGAGCUCCAAGCGCUACUUCUGCGGCGCCACCCUGGUGUCGCCCAAACACAUCCUGGCACCUGGACAUUGUGUAGCCAAGCUAGUGAGUACUCCGAACGUUCUGGUGGUGCAGCUGGGCAACCUGCUGAAAGACGGCGAGCGGAACACUCACGGUGUGCAGGCGGUCACCAUGCACCCAUCGUACUCGAGUAACUCGCCGGCCGCCAAUCUGGCCAUCAUCACGCUGGACAGGGAGGCCACUCUGAACGACGAUGUGCACCCAAUCUGUCUGGCCGAGGGCGACGCCACCUCGCUCGAAGAUCACGACUGUUUCGCCACCGGCUGGCCAAACAGCGCUCAAAAGGUGAACCGCUACGACACGCUGCGUAAGAUGCCGGUUCCCACAAUGCCGAAUGACGUCUGCCAAGAGAAGGUCAGGUCCGAAUCCUCGUUGGGCUCCAGCUAUAACCUGGACGACCACUACUUCUGCUGCGCCAUGCCUCAAGGGGUCAUUUCAUUCCAGUCGUGCACCGGUGGAGGUCUGACCUGCGUUCCCAAAAGUGGAAAUGGGCGCUACGUGUGUCCCGGACUGGCAACCUUCAAGGAGGACGUGAGCAUGGGCCCCAGCAUAAGCGGCAUGUUUCUGCGGCUCAGCGACCACAUCCCGUGGAUACAGUCCGUGCUGUCAGAGGGAGACUGAGAUGCUUCGUGCGCACAAUGAAUGGCUUUCAAUAAACAUGAAUGCAGUAUCACAA